AAAACAUCCCGAAUCACAAUGAGAGAGAUCAUCAGUUUGAACGUCGGUCAGGCCGGUUGCCAGAUCGCCAACUCCUGCUGGGAGCUGUACUGUCUGGAGCACGGUAUUCAGCCCGAUGGAUUCCUCACUGAGGAGCGCAAGAAGGCCGAACCCGACCACGGAUUCAGCACUUUCUUCUCUGAGACUGGCCAGGGCAAGUACGUUCCCCGUACUAUCUACGCCGAUCUCGAGCCCAAUGUCGUCGAUGAGGUCCGCACCGGUACCUACCGUUCGCUCUUCCACCCCGAGCAGAUGAUCACCGGCAAGGAGGAUGCUUCCAACAACUACGCCCGUGGUCACUACACUGUUGGCAAGGAGAUGAUCGAUGAGGUUCUUGACCGUGUCCGCCGUGUUGCCGAUUCUUGUGCUGGUCUCCAGGGCUUCCUGGUCUUCCACUCCUUCGGUGGUGGUACCGGUUCCGGUUUCGGUGCUCUCCUCAUGGAGCGUCUGUCUGUCGACUACGGCAAGAAGUCCAAGCUGGAGUUCUGUGUCUACCCCGCUCCUCAGAACGCUACCGCCGUUGUUGAGCCCUACAACUCCAUCCUCACCACCCACACCACCCUGGAGCACUCCGACUGCUCCUUCAUGGUCGACAACGAGGCUAUCUACGACAUCUGCCGCCGCAACCUCGGUAUUGAGCGUCCUAGCUACGAGAACCUGAACCGCUUGAUCGCUCAGGUCGUGUCUUCUAUCACUGCUUCCCUGCGUUUCGACGGUUCCCUCAACGUCGAUCUCAACGAGUUCCAGACUAACUUGGUGCCCUACCCCCGUAUCCACUUCCCUCUGGUUGCCUACUCUCCCAUCAUCUCCUCCGAUAAGGCCGCUCACGAGGCCCAUUCGGUUACCGAGAUCACCUCCAACUGCUUCGAGCCCAACAACCAGAUGGUCAAGUGUGACCCCCGCAACGGCAAGUACAUGGCCACCUGUCUGCUGUACCGUGGUGAUGUUGUCCCCAAGGACGCCCACGGUGCCGUCGCCACUCUCAAGACCAAGCGCACCAUUCAGUUCGUCGACUGGUGCCCCACUGGCUUCAAGCUCGGUAUCUGCUACCAGCCCCCCAGCAGGUCCCCAACGGCGAUCUUGCCAACCUCAACCGUGCUGUGUAACUGCAUGCUCUCCAACACCACUGCCAUCGCCGAGGCCUGGUCCGCUCUCGACCACAAGUUCGAUCUUAUGUACUCCAAGCGUGCCUUCGUUCACUGGUACGUUGGUGAGGGUAUGGAGGAGGGUGAGUUCUCCGAGGCUCGCGAGGAUCUCGCUGCCCUUGAGCGUGAUUACGAGGAGGUUGCCUCCGACUCCAUUGAGGGUGACGAGGAGCUGGAGCCCGAGUACUAG